ACUUAGGCCUAUAAUCUCAGCAUUGGAGAAGUUGAGGCAGGAGGAUCACUAUGAGUUCGAGAGCAGCCUGGACUACAUAGCAAGACCCUGUCUCAAAACAAAAGGAAAGAAAGAAAAAACAAACAUCGGGUGUUGAGACCCCAAAAAUUAUGCUUUAAAACUAAUUUUUCCAGGACUUUAACAAAUUUUGCAAUGAUUUAACUCUAUCAUGGUUCUUAGUUUCCCUCUUAGCAUUAUUGCUGGUAUCACUAACUUUAUUGGAGCCACGGUUAUUUUACACAAAGUGCAAAAAAAUAGCACAGUGACAACUGUUGGUUCACAGUGUCUCCAGCACUAUAGUCGUGGGCAAGGGCAGUGCCAGCCUGAAGUGUAGCCUCUGCUUGCUGUGCUGCUGCACGUGAUGUGUCUCACCUUUCUGUCCACAGAGGUCUCUUCAGGUCCGAUUUUCAAUUUGAUUACUGAGCAAAGUUAUGAAUACCUAGCAGAUUUGUUUCCAGUCUGGCGGUUCAAGUAGUGGAAAGUUCAAAUUUAGAGCCCCUGCACCCAUGGUGUGACUGAACCCUCCCUGCCUGAACACACUCAUUCCAUGUUCUUUGCAAUGUGUCAUUCAUUGUGAGAAUGGUUUUAGAAAUUUUAAACAUCCACUGUACUUUUGAUUACCCUUUGUACACACACACAUGCAAACGCAGUGGUUUACAAAUGCUUCUGUAGCAUAUGUAUGUACACAUACACAUGUGUGUAUGUGUGUAUAUAUGUGUAUAGGUGUGUGUUUGUAUUUGUAUGUGUAUGUGUUUGUGUGUGUGUGUCUUUGUAUGUGGUGGAAAUCUGUGUUUCCAUCCUUGAGAACCACAAAGUUCUCUCCUGUCUGGGAUGCAAGACACAGAGGACUGUGAAUAACAUAGCAUCCCCUAGAGCCCAAGGUGUCCACUUGCCUAGGAAGUGGCCAGGUUGAUUUCUUCUCAUUGCCUGGUGGUCCUUGUGCAGGUCCUUGUCUUCCUCCACCGUCACUGUUCAGUCCCAUGUGGCAGAACACAGGGGUGGUGGCUGGAGUUUCAGGAAGGGACUCUUCUCAUCACCCUCAGAUCCCCCAAGCUGUGAGGAGCCUCUGGAGACAGACAUCAUCCAUACCUGUGCUUACAUCCCAAACCCUUCACCACUGGGGAGGGCAGCAGGUCACUGUUCCACUGGAAGAGAUUUAAACAUCUGUCUCUUUUUCACAGAGUGGCCUCCCCUUUUCAUGGACAGGACUAGGGAAAUUCAUCAAGCACUAAAAUUACUGUUGAGCUGCCAUAGUGGCCCAACCAGAAGUUCUUCGCCUGUGUGGUAUCCAGACAACUCUUUGUGUUCCUUCUAGACAGCCCCCUCCUCAGGGCUCAGGGCUCGUCUGGCUGCAAGCUCUCUGGAGGUUGGGGGUGUGACCUCACACCCUCCCUCCCUAGCCUGGGCCAGCUAUAAAACUGGCCUGGCCCCACAUCUCUGCAGACCCAGCCCAGCUCGAGGCCCUCCUGGACUGACACUGCACAGCUCUCCUGGGCAGCACCAUGCAGCUUGUGUGGUUCUGCUGGGCACUCUGGGUGCUUUCCCUGGCUGGCCCGGGGUCGGCCCUGACGGAGCAGCAGGUUCUGCACAGCCUGCUGCAGCAGCUGGGGCUCCACCAGGUGCCUGUUCUGGACAGGGCUGAUGUGGAGGGACUGGCCGUCCCUGCUCAUGUGAGGGCCGAGUAUGUGGCUCUCCUGCAGCGCAGCCACGGGGACCGCUCCCGCGGGAAGAGGUUCAGCCAGAACUUUCGAGAGGUGGCCGGCAGAUUCCUGGCUUCCGAGGCCUCCACGCACCUGCUGGUGUUCGGCAUGGAGCAGCGGCUGCCACCCAGCCGCGAGCUCGUGCAGGCCGUGCUGCGGCUCUUCCAGGAGCCAGUGCCGAAGGCUGCGCUGCGCCGGCUCGAGCGGCUGCCCACGCGCGGCGCCCGGGCACGCGUCACCAUCGAGUGGCUGCGCGUCCGCGACGACGGCUCCAACGGCACGUCCCUCAUCGACUCCAGGCUGGUGUCCGUCCGCGAGAGUGGCUGGCAGGCCUUCGACGUGACCGAGGCAGUGAACUUCUGGCAGCAGCUGCGCCGACCCCGCCAGCCCCUGCUGCUGCAGGUAUCCGUGCAGAAGGAGCUCCCGGGUGCAGGGCCCGCCGACAUUCACCGGCUGGUGCGCUUCGCGGAACAGGGCACGCGGGCUGCGCGGGCGGAGCCCCAGCUGGAGCUGCACACGCUGGACCUGCAGGACUACGGAGCUCAAGGCAAUUGUGACCCUGAGGCGGGGGAGUCGAAGAUCACACGGUGCUGCCGCAGGGAGACGUACCUGGACCUGCAGGGGAUGAAGUGGGCUGAGAACUGGGUCCUGGAGCCCCCUGGCUUCCUAGCCUAUGAGUGUGUGGGUAGUUGCCUGCAGCCUCCGGAGCCCCUGACCUUCAAGUGGCCGUUUCUGGGGCCACGGCAAUGCAUUGCCUCGGAGACAGCUGCACUGCCAAUGAUCGUCAGCAUCAAGGAGGGGGGCAGGACCCGGCCACAGGUGGUCAGCCUGCCCAACAUGAGGGUGCAAAAGUGCAGCUGUGCCUGGGACGGGGCGCUGGUGCCAAGGGCCCUUGAGCCAUAGGUGCUCUGUGCAGCCACCUAGCCUCUUUCCGCACAAGUAUGCAGAAGCAGGUCUCAAUGUAGGUCUUGGUUGGUUGGUUUGUUUGGGGUUGUUUUUGGAGAUGGGCUCGCUAUACUGCUCAGGCUGGCUGGCCUUAAGCUUGCAGUUGCGUGACUCAACCUUCUGAGUGCUGGGAUUAAAGAUGGGUACCACCAUGUCCAGCUUUAAUGUAGGUCUGAAUUUUACACUUAGCAAGUUACCCUUGCCCCAGAUUAGUGCCCUUGUGUUACCUUGGCCCUGUGUGCUUCUGCUUGCUGUCCUUAUUGUCCCCCACCCACCCUAAGCACUUACAUUUCCUAUCAUGCAACUCUGAUGUUUAGCUGCAGGAGGAAAUCUUGGCUACUUAACUGAGGAUCUGGCUGAGCAAUGGACAAAUUCUCAGAGAGCUGCUCUCUGGAAAAUUCUCAACUGAAACAAAACUGUGUCCUGAGAACUGGGAAAACAGCCCGGAUUUACUCGAUUACAUGAUGAAUUAAAACAAGAAAAUUCUGUUUCUCCUAGAUAGGAACAAUAUUUGAAAAGGAACCUUCCCAUUCCCCAAAUACUGACCCACCCUAGACUUAUGUAUGUUCCCAGUCCCAGGAGGGUGCGAGGAGAGAGGAUGCAGGGCUUUAGGCUCAGGGAAAUGGACAGAAUCAGGAUACCUGUUUUCUGGAUUGGGCAGGGCUAUGGGCUGGGACCUCAGGCAAAUGCAGAGGCUCCCACUGAGAUGGCCACUGAUCUGGUGAUGGAACAGUCUCUAGCACUGCCCACUAUGCCAGAGCCAGGAUUACCUGUGCAAACUGAGGUUAUCCCCACUAUUCUAGACAACUUGUCACCAGCAACCAUGGGUACUUAGGUGCUAUUUCUUAUACUUAGCAAAAACAAGUGAAUGUAGAUAGUCAAAAGAAAAAUAAAAGUGAUGUUUUGCUGUUUCUGUA